GGGCUUAGGGGAUGAAGCUGAGUUCAUGUCUCUAUUGCUUGCAAACUACCCAUUUAUGGGUUCACAAGCUGGUCAAGAAGAGACUGAGUUGAAUGUGAGAGUACCUACUUCUUGGCCUACGACAAACAUGGUGGAAAAUGAAGUUCCUAUCGAAAAUGGAGCUUACUUUUCCUCUGAAUCUUUGAAUCCCAGUUCAUAUUACUGGUACCAAGGGGGUCUUAUGAACACACCAUCUGAGUGUGAUGGGAUUCCAAACAUAUCAUCUUUGAAAAAUGGGGUUUUUCCUAUGAUCCAGAGCUCUAUACCAAAAGAAUUUUCAGGUUGCUAUUCAGUGGAUGAUCAGAAUACCAGUCCGUCUCUUCAGACCAUUUCUGAUCGGCCUUUGGAGGGAGCGCUUUGUGAGAGAGAAAUGAUGGGUACUGAGAAUUUAAAAGAAUUAAGAGAGAGAAAACCAAUAAAAAUAGUGACACCAAAAAGGAAGUUCGAGGAUUCAAGCUUUAAUGAUGGAGCACCGGUUACCGAUGCUGCAUUCAUAACUGGGGAAGAUUCGCAAUCUGAAGAAACAACCCAAAUCGAGCCUCAGAAGAGAGCUCAAGUUUCUGGAGAUGUGUAUAAGAGCGGGAAAACUGUUCAUUCGAAGAAGACCCAAAAACUUAGAACUGAUGACGAAGAAGAAAAUAACACCAUGAAUGUGCAAAGCUCAUGCAGUUACAGUUCAGAGGAUGAUUCUAAUGCUUCACAAGAUCAGAACACUACCACUUCGAGUGGCAAAGGGUCCACAGCUCUCAACAUAAAUGGGAAAACCAGAGCAGGGAGAGGCUCUGCAACUGAUCCUCAAAGCCUUUAUGCAAGGAAAAGGAGAGAGAGGAUCAAUGAGAGGUUGAGGAUUUUACAGAAUCUGGUCCCAAAUGGUACUAAAGUAGAUAUCAGUACAAUGCUUGAAGAAGCAGUUCAGUAUGUUAAGUUUCUACAACUCCAAAUUAAGCUCUUGAGCUCUGAUGACCUGUGGAUGUAUGCUCCAAUUGCCUAUAAUGGGAUGGACCUCGGUCUCGAUCUUAAGAUCUCUUGAUCAAGGAUUCACAGAGGAAGAGCGAUAAACGACUUUGAGGAGAGGCAUUUCAUCAUGCGAUCAAUUCUUCUUAUUUAGCCACCAUUGCCUUUUGUAAUGGAACUGAAAUAAUUUCUCAUUCUUUUUCCACUAAAUAUGUC